CGCGCUUGUCUUCGCGGGCUGAAGGUUGCGCGUGCGCACGGGCGACGGUUGGGCAUGCGCAUCAGUUCCCUUCGGCGCUUUGUUCUCGACGGAGGCGGCAGCGCAUGCUUAGUGCUUGAGCCUUCUGUGACGGGGGUGGUGUGCGAACGUCCACGCCGCACGGGAGCGGGCGGCGGCGGGAGCGCAGGCGCAGUGGGCGAGGAGCUGUUGGCGGCGGCGGCGGUGGUGUUUCCGGCCCUUCACUUCCUGUCUUGGGAGUCCCGGCGGUCGGUGCGCGGCAACCCUGUUCGCCCUCUCGGUCCCCCCGCUCGUUCGGCCGCCCCCCCGCCCCCUCUUUCCGCGGAUGCAGCGCCGCGAGGACCCCGCCGCCCGGCUGGGCCGGACCCCGGGCCCCGCCGCCAGACAAGGGGCGCCCGGGCCUCGCCGGACGCCCCGAGGCGGAGCCCGAGGGGCCGGGGCCCAGCCGCCGCCGCUUCUCCCGCCCGCCGCUACGGCCGCCGCCGCCUCCCAGACCCCCACCGCCGCGCCCACCCCGCUCCUGCCCGGGGCCACCGUCAAGAUGGAGCCCGAGAACAAGUACCUGCCGGAGCUCAUGGCCGAGAAGGACAGUCUGGACCCGUCCUUCACCCACGCCAUGCAGCUGCUGACGGCAGAAAUUGAAAAAAUUCAGAAGGGUGAAACAAAGAAGGAUGAGGAAGAGAACUACUUGGAUUUGUUUUCCCACAAGAACAUGAAACUGAAGGAACGUGUUCUGAUACCUGUCAAACAGUAUCCCAAGUUUAAUUUUGUUGGGAAGAUUUUGGGACCCCAAGGCAACACCAUUAAAAGACUGCAGGAAGAAACUGGGGCCAAGAUCUCUGUGCUUGGAAAAGGUUCAAUGAGAGACAAAGCGAAGGAGGAAGAGCUGCGCAAAGGAGGAGAUCCCAAAUAUGCUCAUUUAAAUAUGGAUCUGCAUGUCUUCAUUGAAGUCUUUGGACCACCUUGCGAGGCCUAUGCUCUCAUGGCUCAUGCCAUGGAAGAAGUCAAGAAGUUCCUUGUUCCGGAUAUGAUGGAUGACAUCUGCCAGGAGCAGUUUUUGGAGCUGUCCUAUCUGAAUGGGGUACCAGAACCAGCACGUGGCCGAGGGGUCCCUGUGCGAGGAAGAGGAGCAGCUCCCCCUCCUCCACCUGUUCCUAGGGGGCGUGGUGUGGUGGGCCCUCCUCGUGGGGCCCUGGUGCGAGGAGCACCAGUGAGAGGUGCCAUAGCUAGAGGAGCUACUGUGGCCCGUGGUGUACCCCCUCCUCCAGCAGUAAGGGGCGCUCCCGUACCAAGAGCUCGUGCAGCAGGCAUUCAGAGAAUACCACUUCCUCCUCCACCCGCACCGGAAACUUACGAAGAUUAUGGUUAUGAUGAUACAUAUGCGGAGCAGAGUUAUGAGGGAUAUGAAGGCUACUACAGCCAGGGCCAAGGGGACACAGAAUAUUAUGAUUAUGGACAUGGGGAGGCACAAGAAUCCUAUGAAGCUUAUGGCCAAGAUGACUGGAAUGGAACAAGGCCCUCCCUGAAGGCCCCACCAGCUAGGCCAGUGAAGGGGGCCUACAGAGAGCACCCUUACGGACGCUAUUAAAAACAUGAGGGAAAAAUAUCAGUUACUAGCAAACAGUUGUUACUGAUUCUUGUAUCUCCCAGGAUUCCUGUUGCUUUACCCACAUCAGACAAGUAAUUGUCUAACUGUUUUUCUUCGUGGCCCCCUUUUCUCCCACUCCAUCCUCACCUUGCAUUCUGGCUUCUGUACGUAGUAUUUUAAAAUGAGUUAAAUAGAUUUAGAAGACCAACUUUAAAUUUUUUUUUAAGUGUGUAGAUUGCUUUUCUUUGUUGUUUAGAUAUAAACACAACUGUACUUUUUUUAAUAAAAGUUGAGUUUAAAAAAAAAUUAGUUUCAAAAGUGACAUGCUUGCUUAACAGUUAUGAAAUUAAGGUUUUGUUAACCUUUAAGUUUGGUUUUUAAGAUACCCGUAAAAGUUGUAGUUGCAGAAUCCCAAAAGUAGGCUACAUUUCAAAAUUCAGGGCUGUUUUUAAGAAUUAAAAUCAUAAUGUAACGGUAGUGGCUGCCACCGUUUAAAAGUAAGCUCAGUUGUCAAACUUUCCUUAAAAGCAGAUUGCUGGUGAAUCUUAAGUUUAAAUUUUAAUACAAAGAUCCUCCUAACAAAUUAAAUAGUUUUUUUUUUUUUUAAGUUAAUUGAUUUAAAAAAAAAUUAGGUUUGUAAAAUUGACUUUUAUGUGGGUUUUGAAAUCUAGCCCCGAACACGCGGUGUUGAGAGAUGCUUGGGAAGCAGAUUUUUCCAGUGUAAAGGGGUUCUUAGCUUGGUUCUGUGCGGAGAACUUUUAAGACGAGAACAAAUUUAAAUCACUGCACUGCUCUGUCUAAUUGCCCAGGGUUUGAAAUUCGAAACUAUUAAAUGGAUAGUAGGUUUGCAUUCUGUAAAACUACAGAUUUCUCAUUUUAGGAUAUUUGGGGCAGAUAAUACAGUGCGAGUUGAAAAUUGGCAAAGGUGUCAAUAUUUAGCAAUCCCAGUGACUUGUUCAAGUGUGUCUCAACACUAGCUUUAUAUAAAAAGGGACACUGCAGCUGAAAAAAUGAGAAAUUUCACUUUGUACAUAGGUUAAAGUCCUAAUUGGAUUUGUACGCUGUCCUCCCACUUUGUUCUUGAAGAUUAAAUGCUACGUGUGUAAAGUCUGCCUAAAUAGGUAGCUAAAACUUGUCAAAAUGUCUGCAGCAGUUUGUCAAUAAAGUUUAGUCCUUUUUUAAUCAAAGUAAA